AUGGAUUCAGAUACCUUGCAAGCCUUCCAGAGUGAGCUCACAUGCUCCAUCUGCAUAAACUACUUCAUAGACCCUGUCACCAUCAACUGUGGUCACAGCUUUUGCAGGCCCUGCCUAUACCUCUGCUGGGAGGAAGCCCAAACGUCAAUGUGCUGCCCUGAGUGCAGGGAAAUAUCAGAGAAGCCAGACUUCAAAACCAAUAUUGCACUCAAGAGGCUGGCUUCAGUUGCUAGACAAGCCAGACCUUGUCACGUUGACAGCUCUAAGGACCAGAUCUGUGUGGCACACAAGGAGGCAAAGGGGCUCUUCUGUGAAGUGGACAGAAACCUGCUCUGUGGACCCUGCUCUGAAUCACUGGAGCACAGGGCUCGCAGCCACAGUUCGAUAGAAUGUGCUGCGGAGGAAUACCGGGUGGAGAAAUUUCUAAAGAAAAUGGACACCUUACGGAAAAUGACUCAGGAGAUGCAAAACCAUCUAACUCAGGAAACUAGUAAAAUCCAUUCAUUAGCGCACUAUGUGGCUUUACAGAAGGUGACGAUCAAAAUUCAAUGUCAGAAGAUACAUCUGUUUCUCCACGAGGAGGAGCAACUCCAUCUAGAGACAAUAGACAGAGACGCAGCGGAGACUUUCCAGCAACUCAGGAACAGUGAAGUCAGGAUGACCCAACAGAAAGAACACCUAGAAGAAAUGCACAGAGAGCUGGCUGAGACGUGCCAGAAGCCUGCCGCGGAGCUGCUCCAGGACUUUGGAAACAUAUUGGAAAGGACUGAGCUGGUGCUGAUGCAAAAGCCCCAGCCAAUGAACCCAGAGCUCAAUUCAUGGCACAUCACUGGAAUCCUAGACAUGCUGAACCACUUCAGAGUGGAUAAUCCUCUGAGGAAGGAAACAGCCAGUUGCUACAUGAGUCUUUCUGAAAAUGUCAGAAGUAUGAUAUUUGGAGAUGACCAUCACUCUGUAUCCAGAGAGCUCCAGACUGUGGAGAGUUUUGCGGCAUGGGGGGCUCAGGCCUUUACCUCUGGUAGGCAUUACUGGGAGGUGGACCUGGCUCACUCCUCCAGCUGGAUUCUGGGAGUCUGUAAAGAUUCCUGGACAGGUGAUACUGAUAUCAUUCAUGAUUCUGAAGAAUCAUUUUUACUAUUUUCUUUUAAGAGGGGUGAUCGUUAUAGUCUCUCCACCAACUCCCCACCCUUAACUCAGUAUGUGAAAAGGCCUCUGGGCCGAGUUGGGGUGUUUCUGGAUUACGACAAUGGAAUCGUGAGCUUUUACGAUGUUUACAAAAGCUCCCUCAUAUACAGUUUCCUUCCUUCCUUCUUCUCUUCUCCUCUUACGCCUUUCCUUUGCCUUGCUUCCCCGUGGAAAGCCAGGCUUCAUGAUGAUUUACUUGUGAGUUCCCAUGUCGGAGGAAACUAA